AUGAGGGGCUAUCAUGGCGACCGCGGCAGCCAGCCCCGCCCUGCCCGCCUGCCCGACUCGCCCAUGGACUACGGCCCCACGGCCCCGGGCUCCCGACCCCCGUACCUCCUGGGCCCCGGCGACCCCUACCCCACGGACCCCCGGUAUUGCCCUUCACGGGCUGGUCCAGGCCACCUCUCCCCCGACGGCCCCCUGAGUCUGAGCGAGCCGCCUUCUGCAGGUCCUGACGGGGGGCUGGGACCCGGGCCAGGGCCCGGCGGGGCAGGCAGCAGCACCUUCCCCAGGAUGUUCCCUGGGCAGGCUCCCUUUGAUGGCUGUGAAGACUGCGUGGGCCACCCUCCAGGGAAGGUGGCUGCCCGCCUGCCCCCGACGCUCCUGGACCAGUUUGAGAAGCAGCUGCCUCUGCAGCAGGACGGUUUCCACACCCUGCCGUACCCUCGAGGCGUGGCGGGGGGCAGUGGUGGGGCUGCGGCUGGCUCUGGCACUGGGGGGGGUGCCCCCGAGCCCCGAAGCGAGAGCCCCAGUCGCAUCCGCCACCUGGUCCACUCUGUCCAAAAGCUCUUUGCCAAGUCCCAUUCUCUGGAAGCUCCAGGGAAGCGGGACUACAACGGGCCCAAGGCAGAGAGCCGGUCUGGCACCGGAUCGGGGAGUGAGGGAUAUGCUGGUCACCAUUCCCCACACGGGCCCCCACACCACCACCACCACCACCACCAUCACCACCACCACCACCACCAGUCCCGCCAUGGCAAGAGGAGCAAGAGCAAGGACCGCAAGGCCAAUGGGCGGCACACCCCCAAGUCCAUGGGCUGGUGGAGCUCCGAUGACAACCUGGACAGUGACAGUGGCUUCUUGGCAGGUGGGAGGCCCCCAGGAGAGGCUGGCGCCCCCUUCUGCCUAGAAGCACCUGAUGGGACCUUCCGGGACCUGAGCUUCAAGGGGCUCCCAGGAGGGCCCGAGGGCCGGUGCCUGGCCUGUACUGGCAUGUCCAUGUCACUGGACGGGCAGACGGUGAAGCGUAGUGCCUGGCACACCAUGAUGGUCAGCCAGGGCCGGGAUGGGUUCCAGGGGUCUGGGCCAAGCAAGGGGCUCCUGGGGCCUGAGACCAAGGCCAAGGAUAGGAGUUACCACUACCUUCAGGUACCCCAUGAUGAAUGGGGGGGUUAUCCAACAGGGGGUAAGGAUGGGGAAAUCCCAUGUCGAAGGAUGCGAAGUGGUAGCUACAUCAAGGCCAUGGGUGAUGAGGACAGCGGUGACUCAGAUGGCAGCCCUAAGAUGUCUCCAAAGGGAGCUGCCCGCCGCUAUGCCUAUCGCCGUUCCUCCAGUGUGGAUCAGGCUCGAAUCAACUGCUGUGUGCCACCCCGGAUUCACCCCCGGACUGGGGCCCCUGGCUAUGGUCGCUCCCUCACCACAGGACAGCUCAGUGAGGAGCUAAGCCAGCAAUUUGAGGCCGUGUGUGGGACAGUUUUUGGGGAGCCAGAGUCCCAGGCAGUGGAUGCCCUGGACCUACCCGGCUGCUUCCGUAUGAGGAGCCACAGCUACCUCCGGGCCAUCCAGGCCGGUUGCUCACAGGAUGAUGACUGCCUGCCCCUCCUCACUGCCCCCAUGGGAGCAGGGCCAAGCACCUUUAAUUUCAGAAAAGCUCCACCGCCCAUCCCUCCAGGACGACAGACUCCACCACGCAUUUCCAUCACAGCCCAGAGCAGUACUGAUUCUGCCCAUGAGAGCUACCCACCCCCUGAGGGUCCCGCCUGGGCUCCUGAGCCCACUCGGCGCUGCAGCUCGGCUGAUGGCUUGGAUGGCCCUGCCACAGGGACCCGGACCCUUGAGCUGGCACCAGUCCCAGCUCGGGCUAGUCCCAAACCCCCUACCCUCAUCAUCAAGACCAUCCCUGGGAGGGAAGAGCUUCGUAGCUUGGCCAGGCAGCGCAAGUGGAGGCCUUCCAUUGGGGUACAGGUAGAGACCAUCUCAGACUCUGACACAGAGACAAGGAGCAGGAGAGAAUUCCACUCCAUUGGGGUACAGGUGGAGGAGGAUAAGAGGCGAGCCCGGUUCAAGCGUUCCAACAGCGUGACUGCCGGAGUACAGGCAGACCUGGAGCUGGAAGGCCUGGCUGGCUUGGCCACAGUGGCCACAGAGGACAAGGCCCUGCAGUUCGGCCGCUCCUUCCAGCGGCAUGCUUCUGAACCCCAGCCGGGGCCUCGAGGCCCUGCCUACUCUGUCUUCCGCACCGUCCACACACAGGGCCAGUGGGCUUACCGUGAGGGCUACCCGUUGCCAUAUGAGCCACCUGCCCCAGAUGGGCCUCCUGGCUCUGGCCCAGCCCCUGCCCCGACUCCGGCUCCAACUCAUGGCCGCCGAGACUCGUGGAUGGAGCGUGGCUCCCGUAGCCUCCCCGACUCUGGCCGUGCCUCCCCCUGCCCCAGGGAUGGAGAGUGGUUCAUCAAGAUGCUUCAGGCAGAGGUGGAGAAGAUGGAGCACUGGUGCCAGCAGAUGGAGCGGGAAGCAGAGGACUAUGACCUCCCUGAGGAGAUCUUGGAGAAGAUUCGGAGUGCAGUAGGCAGUGCCCAGCUUCUUAUGUCACAGAAGGUGCAGCAGUUUUUCCGGCUGUGCCAGCAAAGCAUGGACCCAGCCUCAUUUCCUGUGCCCACUUCCCAGGACCUGGCUGGCUUCUGGGACCUCCUGCAACUUGCCAUCGAGGAUGUGAGCCUCAAAUUUUUGGAGCUGCAGCAGCUUAAGGCCAACAGCUGGAAACCCCUGGAGCCUGAGGAGGAGAAGAAGGUCCCUCCCCCGAUACCAAAGAAGCCCUCUCGGGGGCGGGGGGUCCCAGUGAAGGAUCGCUCCCUGGACUCUGUGGACCGGCAGCGGCAGGAAGCUCGGAAGAGGCUCCUAGCAGCCAAGCGGGCAGCCUCUUUCCGCCACAGCUCAGCCACAGAAAGUGCGGACAGCAUAGAGAUCUAUAUCCCCGAGGCCCAGACCAGACUGUGA